CCACACACAUUUCCUGGUGGUGCCGGUGGAGCAAAUGCUGGCCAGCCUUAUUCCACUUUUGGAAUUAUGAAGGUCUCCAUUCCUCAGCCACCUGGCAGACAGAGUGUGGAAGUCUACUACCCCUAUGACUUCGCUCAGCAAAAGAUAAUAAAAAGCAUCCCUCCGAUGACAAAUGCCCCUCAUGUCCUGAAUACAGUUUUUCCAUUUGAAUACCCUUUUCCACAUUUCCCCCAGCAAACCCUGAAUAAUCCAGCAUUUGAUGCCAGUCCUCUCCCGUCCCAGGACCCAAUGCAACCACUCCAGCAGGAUGAACCCAAGCAGCCAAACCAGAUGCCAACAAAAAUGACACUCUGGUACAUAAAUAGCUUCCAAGUUAGAGAUGAAGCAGAUUACCCUCAUUCUCCAAGUAGAGACAUAUUCAACUGCUCUCUGCACCAGGAAAAAGGAAGAGUCAUGGUGAAGCUGUUGGUGUUCAUGAUGUGUCUGCUGGCAACUACCUUGGCUGCCCCUGCUCCAGAUGAUGAAAACAAGGAGCAGGUUGCAGCACAUGCCAAUGCAGCCCUGAGGUGGAUGGAGAUGUACAGGCUGUACCAGCAGCAGAGACUACUUAGAAACCCUUUCCUUCCUGUUGGUAAUGCUCCUGUGCGUGCUACACCGGCCCAGCCAGAUAAUGUCCCCCGUCCAGCUCCUGUGCUUGUUGACGAUGCAUCAGAGGAGACUUAGGACGGGAAUCAUGCCCCCAAAGCUGCAGCACCUGCUGCUCCCGCUGCCCCCUAGAACUGACACAACUGCUACAUUGUAGUCAGCUUCCUCUUAAUACCAGCAAACAUUGAUCCUUUUGCUAGCACUAUUCACCUACCUAUCCUACUCACCUACUAAAGAGAUUUGAUGGUGUGCAUUUUACUUGUACUAGCAUUAAAAACAGGUAGGUGCACCACACAAGAAUGAAUGAGGUAUAGCAUGCUGAAAAUAGACCAAAUGAAAUAUGUAACGAUAUGAAAAAAAAGUUUGCAAUGGUCUUUGCACAACAAAACAAAGUGUGUUUUCAGUCCAAAAUUGGACAAUUCUAAAAGGUUUUUUCCCGUCUUUAAUCAAAGACAAUUAUGCAAUUGAAAUUCAGUUGAUUUGUCAUAUUUAAAAGAAAAUUGUGGUUAUGAGUAGCAUAUAACUGUGAUGUUCCCAGUUUGAAUCAGUUGAAAAACAUUUGUCUCCUUUCCCUCUAUGCUGUCAAUAGUUUUUUUUUUCAACAUAAAUAUUUGUGGGUGUUAAUUUAGGAAAAGCAUGUGUUACUAAUAUUACUAUAACACUAGGAUAGUGAAACUGAAGAAGCUAAUAGAGUUGUUGUUAAUUUUAUCAUUUACCCCUGUACUUUCCUGUCUCCCAUGAAAGAGUCCUGCACUAUUAAAUAAAAGCAAACAUGCAUUUAGAAAAAGUAGCUGGUGACAACUCCUGCUGCUCUUGUUAGGGUGAUUUUUAUUUUAUGCACUUAAGAAUGGUUUUA